UAGUGUCUUACAUGCUGGAGUACCUGAGUGACGCAGUUAACAUUUGAAUCCUUGUGUUUAGGGGAUUGUAUCACAGUCACUGAGGCAACAGUGGCGAGUUUUACUAUAGCAGUUUCACGUGUGGCUGUUGUUCAGUAAGGGGUGCGCGGGUAUGUGUGAGUGCAGUGUUUCUACGCGUUAGUGUAGGCGACGUUUUCUCUGGACCAUGUACGCUAACGAUAGCAUAAGAGUACUCCACGCUGCGGUAAGAGCCGGCAACUUGCAACAUGUCACGGAAAUGCUGGCGAAAGGAGCAGACAUCGAAGGCAAAGACUCUUACAAGGUACGGCCGGUCCAUAUCGCUGCGGAACGAGGUCAUUUGGACGUUCUUAGGGCGCUUAUCGCGCGGGGCUGUAGUGUGAAUGCAAAGGCGUCGCACCCUGUGUUCAAGCAGCAAGAGCGGGAUGUGACGUCGCUACAUUUAGCAACAGGAAUUGCUGACCCAAACGUCGCGCUCGCUUUAAUAGCUGCUGGCGCUAAUGUUAACGCCAAAACUAGUUCAGGUACGUCUCCACUGCAGCUUGCAGCAAUACAGGGUCAUUUGUCCGUAGUGAAGGCACUAGUUUCUGCAAAUGCUAAUGUGAAUUCCGAGGACAACGUAAAAGUCACCCCAUUAUGUGCUGCUGUGUCGCAGAAUUUUGAAGACGUAGCUAAAUUUCUUGUACAAAACGGUGCCAUUGUAAAUGCGAGACAUUCAGACGGUUUGACACCUUUGCAUAUCGCAGCACAAUAUGGAUAUGUUAACAUAGCAAAACUGCUGCUCCAGAACAAGGCAGAGAUUAAUGCAAAGCACGAAGAAGGCUUCACUGCAUUGCAUUUGGCCGUAGAAAACAGACAUGGUGCAGUGAGUCAACUUUUGAUUAACAGUGGAGCAGAUGUGAAUGCGAGAGACAAAGAGGGAGGAACUCCUUUGCAUAAUGCAGCGUACAGUGGAUACCCAAUAGAAACCGUCAGACUUUUGAUUGAGAAAGGUGCUAGCGUGAAUGCGAGGGACAAGGCAGGAAGAACACCUUUGCACCUUGCUGCAGAGAGCGAUUUCACGGAGGCAGUAAGCAUCCUGAUCAGAAACAAAGCUUACGUCAAUAUCAUUGGCGAUCAAAUGACGCCGCUGCAUGGCGCAGCUUGCAAGGGUAAUCUAGACUCGAUAAAAAUUCUUAUCGCCAAUGGUGCAGUAGUUGAUAGGAGAACUCACAGGCAGAAUACACCAUUGCAUCUCGCAGCGUACUUCUGGCAUGCCGAAGUAGUUAAAUACCUUUUGGAACAAGGAGCUGAAGUUAACGCAACUGAUGGCAUAAACUGGACGCCACUUCAUUUUGCAGGUGAAGAGAGUUCUACUCAAAUCCCUUUCCGCAAUUCCAGACACACGGGUUCACAGGCACAGGACUCUAAGCUGAAUACCAUGAAAGCUCUAAUUGAAUACGGAGCUGAUGUAAAUGCGAAGGGGAGCAACUAUGACGACACACCUUUGCAUGUAGCUGUACGGAAUGGCGAUACAGCAUCUGCUAGAUGCCUCUUAGAGAAUGGUGCAUACUACGAUGCGAAGUACAAAUUUGCCAGCGGUAAUGUGACAGCUUCAGAGAUGGCUGCGACGAGAAGAAACGAAAAUGUAAAUACUUUACUGUGUGCUACCGAAAAGCUGUUUAAGGCUGUGAAAAGUGCGAAGUGUGCUGAAAUUGAGAAAUGUGUAAAAGAAGCACCAGUGAACAGCGGAAGCAUAAAGUAUGGAACACCGCUUAUGUAUGCAUGUUGGAAAGGACAUUUAGCUGUUGCUAAUGUUUUGCUUAAAAAUGGAGCCAAUAUAAACUUGAGCAACAGUAGUGGCAUUACUCCUCUUCAUUAUGCAGCAAAAUUUGGCCAUCAUGAAAUAUUGUGCACCUUAUUGCAACAUGGUGCAGUAUACAAUGCAAGAACCAAAACAGGCAAAAAAACACCACUAAAUUUCGCUCAAGAAGAAGGUAAACAAGAAGUUACAGACACUCUAAAACUAAUUGAACGAUUGUUUACCAGAAUUGGCAGAAAGGAUAACACAGUGCUGAAAGAGUUAAAUGGAUUGAAGAACAACAAAUAUGCUGAAUUUCUUGCCAUCAUAAACUGCAAAAAUGCAAAUAAAGAAACUCUGACACAAAUAGCUUCAAAAAAUGGGUAUGAGGAACUCUGUAACAAGUUUUCUGACUUGUAACUGUUUACCAAUUCGUAUCUCUUAACAGUUUGACAAGAAUAGUUAAUUUUUUGAGGCUUUGCACACUGUCAAUGUAUAUUUUUAGUGUUUUAAUCAGUAAAGUAGCAAUAAAAUGUUUCACUGAAGAUAAAAUUGCAUCAGUAAAAUGACAAUCUUAUGUACAUUUGAGAUUUUAAAUUGUUAACUUUUAUAUCAUUCUAGUGGUAG